AGUCUCGCGCGAAGACGCUCCAGGGCGCUUCCGGUACGCGUCAGCGUGGGAGACGCGCAGUUCUGAAGAACGCGGGAGGCAGCAUGUUCCUCACCGCGCUGCUCCGCCGCAAUCGCAUUCCGGGCCGGCAGUGGAGUGGGAAGCACCGGCGGCCGCGGCUGGUGUCCGUGUUUGCGAAGCAGAACAUGAUCCGUCGGCUGGAGAUCGAGGCCGAGAACCACUACUGGCUGAGCAUGCCCUACAUGAGCGCCGAGCAGGAGUACGGCCACGCCGCGGCGCGCAGGGCCGAGGCCUUCGAGGCCUUGAAGGCGGCCAGGACCUCCAAGUUCCCCCCGCAUAGGUUCGUUGCAGACCAGCUCGACCAUCUCAAUGUCACCAAGAAGUGGUCCUAACCCUGAGCCGUCGCCCUUGGGUUUGAUGGCUCACGGGACCGUCCUGUCUGGUCCCGGGACUGAAAAGCUCCGAGAAGAAGCAGGAAGCUUUGGACCAUAGCACAGUGAGCCGUGUAUGAGCUGUCUGGGGCUUAAAACUCCCGAAGCACUGGACAGUUGUGUUCACUUUUUAGUCUGCUAGGAAGAUAUCUGGGAUUUCCUGAGCCACAGAUAAGAUAAAGUGUAUUUUGAAAGUUGUAAUAAAGCUACAAACCCAAUUUGGGGUCUUUGCUUAAAUCUGUGAUGCUUCGUGGCCUUAUCUGGCAUCGUGUUUGCUUACCUUGCUUGGAUAAUCUUCAAAGUUAAAUAUGAUCAUUCUCUGCUAAACAUACUCCUAAAAAUGGCAUUUUCCUCUGUGACUUGACUACUAAAAAUGGACAUUUAAAUGAAGUAAGAGUGUUUUUCAGAAUGUUACAUAAAAGAAUUUUUAAGUGAAAA